AUGUGCGCAGAGGACCUCGGAGACAAGAUUUUGUUUGACGAAAACAAAAGAGCGCGGGUACCUGUCAGUGCCUACAAGCAAAACAACCCCAAUGCCGUUGACCACUACGGACAGCCCAAACCAAAUCCAAAUGUUUUCAAUAUCUACCAAUGGAAAUAUCUAGCCAUUUACGACUACGAAACCAAAUUUAAUACGAGUUCCCCAUUAUUCAAGUUCAAAAAAUUAGGAAAGAAACCAAACUGGAAGGUGCUUGACAAAUAUCAAAGAAGGUGCUUCCAAGAUGUGGACAAACAUUACUACGAGGUCAUGGAACGUCAACAGUUCAACAUCACGGCAACAACCAAGCGAACAUAUCCUGACGUCAAAAUGACUUGA